AUGGACUUCUUGAGCAAAGCCAAGCGCGCCGCCGAGCAGUACGCCGGGGGCGACGCGGGCAAAGGCCACAAGCAGACGGACCACCACAAGCAGACGGAGACGAAGGAGAAGGGCAAAGCCACUGCCGGUGGCUCUGUGUUGGCCAAAGCGGCCGACGCGGCCGAGAAGUACCACGCGAAGGAAAAGAUCGCCGAGUUUGUGCAGAAACGGGGGACCGCACACGGCCACGCGCCGCAGCAGUCGGGCGACGCGGCAAAGAGGAACACGUCGGCGAUCGAGAAGGCCGUCGAGAAGGCUGAGGGGUUUCUCGCCAAGCAGAGCGGUCAGGCCAAGGGACACGGCCAGCACGCGGACGGCAAGAAGGACGCGCACAAGGGGGACAAGACGCUGGUGUAG